UUAUUUCAAGGUCUGGCCAGUGGCCUAACUUGGAGGAGCUCACGUGACUUGCAGGACUUUUCUCCAAUUGCAAGCUUCCACAGCGUCAACCAAACAUUUGACCAAACUAUUUAAGGAGCCUGGCCUUAUCACUAGCGUACCGCUGGGCCUUCGCACCCGUUGUCAAAGAUCUGCGAAUGAAAGAUUGUUUGCCGUUGCGGAAUGAACUCGCCGUAGAAUGCAUCAGGCAGGUGUUAGACGUGCUGAAAGGAAAGGGCACUGGGCGGAGCGUGUCCUCACCCUCCGCACGAACAAAACCAAGCAGCGGGAGGUGGUGGGAAUUCACUCCUCUAAGGACCUACGGAUCCCCCCUAGAGAAAUAGAGAGAACGAAACUGAUUGUAUUCGAAGCUACAAAAAACCAGUGGAAUUGAAGGACGAAGCAGUGCGUCACAUAAACCCUUAACGCAAUACGUGAAAAGGCGCCGGUUGCUGAGUUUUUUCAGCUUUUGACGGUAUUACGCGUCCAUCAACCACGAAAGGUAUGAAGUGCUCGUCAGCUACUUACGGGUUCGGCAGUUCCACCAUCUGCCUCACAUCUCUGACAAUCAGUGCUGGAGUUGUGUUAUUGGCCCUGGCGUUUACGUUUGACGCAACGGUUGAUGCCGCUUCUUACGUCCCGCCCAACGUCUUCAAAUACCACAGGCGGGCGUCGAUGCCCUCGCUUUCAGUCGUGUCUCCUUUGGAUGUCCUCCGGGAGACACAGACAAACCGUCUCCUUGCCGACCGCAUCAACGCCAACAACGCAUUUCUCUCGAGAAUCGGCAAGCGUGGGAAUGAUGGAGCGCCAAAUUUUCUUCAGUAUUUCGAAGAAUUUUCACAGGCGGAAGAGCCAUGAGAACAGGGUUAUGACUUGAAACACGGAGGAACUGAUCGGGACGCGGGGCAG